AUGUCGGAAGCGUUCUACAACAAUGUGAGUGGAGUGUACACUACAGAUUUCCCUGACAAGCCUCCACUUAUGUUUGACUUCACCAAACUGGACAAUGCUUAUAAUAAGAGCUUUCUAUUUGCUCCAAAAUCAACCAAGGCGAAGAAACUCAAUUUCAAUUCAACUAUAGAGAUUGUGUUUCAGAAUACAGUGUUUCUUGAGGGGCAAAACCACCCUAUGCACCUUCAUGGUUAUAACUUUCACGUUUUGGCUCAAGGGUUCGGAAAUUUUAACAACGACACGGAUAGAGCCAAGUUUAAUUUGGUGAAUCCGCAAUUACGUAACACUGUUGGUGUGCCUCAGGAAGGAUGGGCUGUUAUUAGAUUCCGAGCAGAUAAUCCAGAGGUUUGGCUGAUGCAUUACCAUAUGGAAGAUCAUGUUCCGUGGGGACUAGCAAUGACUUUUGAGGUUGAGAAUGGACCAACGCCUUCAACUUCAGUCCCUCCACCACCUGCUGAUCUGCCUAAAUGUUAUCCAAGUUCUGGAUUGAACUUACAAAUAUUUGAUAAAAAGAAUUGACACCAUCUCUCUCUCAUUUUCUAGUUGUGACGUGAGUGUAUCUUACGUUAAUGUAAUAUCGUUGAAUGUGCAAAACCAAAUCGAAUCUUGCUAACAAAAAUAAAUUGUAUUAGCAAUCUUUAAGAAUUUCAAAUGGAAAUAAUGUUAUAACCGACAUUUAAUAAUAUUUAAUAGUACUGCUGAUCUGACAAGAAGUUUUUCAAAUAAUAAUAUUUAUACUUCAUAAAUUAGUAGUAUUAAAUAAUUGAUAAUAAAAGAGAUUUUCAAAUAACUUAAUAUAAGAGUACUAUUAAGCAAUACAGGGCAAGAAACAAAAUAAUAUUUUCAAAUAUAGAUGAAUAAUAUCUAGACAAAAUAUAAAAAAAAAAUUGCAUGAUUUAAUUCAAUGUCAAAUAUAGAUAAUAAGAGUGGCAGAUGAAAGCUCCAUUUUCCCUGAAGAUAAA